CGAAGGACCCACUGCAGAGCCCGGGAUGGCAAAGAAUUCUCUGACUCAGGCUCUGACCCGGACUCGGAGGGGCAAAGUGAGCAGGAAAGGGAUCUGCAAAGCUCACCUCCUCUUGGCCAAGGCGGCCUCGCGCUGGGGAGGCGGCUCUCGCGCUGGGGAGGCGGCUCCCCCGCUGCAGCCCCUGCUCCAGCGCCCCGCGCCGCCUCCGCUGCGGGUCGGGAGCGCGCGUCUCCGCCGCACCUCGGAUCAAGGAGCUACUCGCCUGGCCCUGGGCGGUGGGAGGCGGCGGCGGCCACGCUCGCGCACCUCGGAGGAGCCAGGAGCCGGAACCAGGGCCGAGCCCGCGGGCCGGGGCUAGCCAGCCGGUCGGAGAUGUCUGCCCAGAGGUUAAUUUCUAACAGAACCUCCCAGCAAUCGGCAUCUAAUUCUGAUUACACCUGGGAAUAUGAAUAUUAUGAGAUUGGACCAGUUUCCUUUGAAGGACUGAAGGCUCAUAAAUAUUCCAUUGUGAUUGGAUUUUGGGUUGGUCUUGCAGUCUUCGUGAUUUUUAUGUUUUUUGUGCUGACCUUGCUGACCAAGACAGGAGCCCCACACCAAGACAAUGCAGAGUCCUCAGAGAAGAGAUUCAGAAUGAACAGCUUUGUGUCAGACUUUGGAAGACCUCUGGAGCCAGAUAAGGUAUUUUCUCGCCAAGGCAACGAGGAGUCCAGGUCUCUCUUUCACUGCUACAUCAAUGAGGUGGAACGCUUGGACAGAGCCAAAGCUUGUCACCAGACCACAGCCCUUGACAGUGAUGUCCAACUCCAGGAAGCCAUCAGAAGCAGUGGGCAGCCAGAGGAGGAGCUGAACAGGCUCAUGAAGUUUGACAUCCCCAACUUUGUGAAUACAGACCAGAACUCCUUUGGGGAGGAUGAUCUUCUGAUUUCUGAACCACCUAUUGUUCUGGAAACUAAGCCACUUUCCCAGACCUCACAUAAAGACCUGGAUUGAGAAACAUGCUCUGUGAAGGGUCUUCCUGAAGAUGUGGAUUCUAUCUUUAUGUAGCAAGAAAUCUACAUCCACCAAAAUUGUGUGUGUUUGGGGGAGAGAGAGACAUAGAGAUAGAGAGAGAGAGGCAGAGAAGAGACCCCUUUAGAAGAGAGCUGAGCUGAUUAAGCUGAGUGGUUUUUUGUUUUGUUUUGUUUUUGCUUUUUAAUACAUUUGGAGCUUUGGGGAUAUUAAAGUAUUUACACCAAGCUUGUCCAACCCGCGGCAUGUGUCCCAGGACAGCUUUGAAUGUGGCCCAAUACAAAUUUUAAACUUUAUUAAAACAUGAGAUUUUUUUUUUUUUUUUUGCUAUUUUUUUUAAAGCUCAUCAGCUAUCGUUAGUGUUAGUGUACUUUAUGUGUGGCCCAAGACAACUCUUCUUCCAGUGUGGCACAGGGAAGCUAAAAGAUUGGACACCUCUGAUUUAUACUAGUUCGUCUUGCUUGUUGAAAAAUUUCGCCAAAUACCUAUUGUCAGCAUUCUUGGGUGAGGAUUAGCCUACCAUGUUGUAAUCUGGCCCUGCCACUACUAUGCUCUACCUUUAGUGAGUUGCUUUACCUCUCUGGGCUGCCCCAUUUUUAACUGUAGGUUGACAGGUCUAGAGUGAUCCAUCCCACCUCUAAUAUUUUGUGAAUUUAUGACUUUGCCUUCAGAUGAGGCUGAGCUAUACAUAAAACAGUAUAAACUAGGGCACUGCCUCGUAUCUCUUGUAGGCUCUCCCAAAUCUCUGUACCUUCCACUCAACCCUAAUUGAGCCAAGCUUUAAUCAGGGGAUCUGGGUGUCUACCAGAAUGUCAGGAGACUCAUCUUACACAGUCAUGGUGGCCAAUGUUUCUGGUGGGUUGUGCUGAAACAGCUCUUCUGAGAACUUCCAACCACCCAUGCUCUAACCUGGAGACAGCCAUCCCCUGCCUCAGAAUAAGUACCAAUUCGUAGUACAUGUACGGUACUCUUGUCCCCAAGAAAUGUUAGGAAGCUUGUCAGCUGAGUGAGAGGAGGUGCCUUCUGGGUAUCUCUGUGUUGGUGUAUCUGUGCCAUUGGCUACAGAACAAGAAAAAUACUAUUUGCCAUGCUAUUACCUUGGCAGAUGUGUAGGUGAUAGUCAUCUGGCUUUGAGCUGAGAUGGUCAGUGGGUUGUAAAUUCCCCACUAGCAGAUAUUCAGGGUGGCCUGAGUUAUGUAAACAAGUGAGCAACACAGCUUUAAUUUCAUGGAGGAAUCAAAGCUGCACAAUGGUAUUAAAACAACUUGAUUUUGCACACACAGUUGCAUGCAUGGCAAGCUGUUAACCUCUGGGUGGCAUUUUCAUUAUGAAUUUGUUCACCACCUGUCUUGCUUAAGCUACAAAAUAAAUGCAUUUGACUGCACAGAAAUUUCCUCUGUUCUUUAUUUUCACACAUCCAAUUUUUUAUUUCCCAAAAAGUUGUACCAUGUUUAUAAUGACUCCUAACUUCUUGGAGUAGGCAGUGCUGACUGUACCAUCUCUGGGAUUCUGGUGAUCUGAGUCAUGCAUGAGAUUUCAUUUAGGGAUUAUUUCGCUAAAAGAAAUCCCUUUUCUAUUCUGUAUUUUAAAGAAAAUAUCAUUCUUUAAGACUCUAAAUAGUAAAACAAAGCAUGGAAUUUUUUUUGUAAUUAAAGCUACUUUAACAUAUUUUUACAAAUAGAUGCUAUUUUCAUGAAUUUUUUUAUGCAAGAGAGCAAGAGUAUUAAAGAAUGCUGAGUUUGUUAACUUUUUUUUUUUUUUUUUUUUUGAGAGACGGAGUCUUGCUCUGUCGCCCAGGCUGGAUGGCUCACUGCAGCCUCCCCUCCUGGGUUCAAGUGAUUCUCCUGCCUCAGCUUCCCAAGUUGCUGGGACUACAGGCACGUGCCACCACGCCUAGCUAAUUUUUGUAUUUUUUAGUAGAGACGGGAUUUCACUAUAUGUUGGCCAGGCUGGUCUCGAACUCCUGACCUCAAGUGAUCUGCCUGCCUUGGCCUCCCAAAGUGCUGGGAUUGCAGGUAUGAGCCACCGUGCCUGGCCAGAGUUUAACUUCUAAUAUGAGUAUGAUUAUUCAUAAUUUAUUUAAUGAAAUAUAAAUCAUGGGCUAUUAUUAAAGUUCACAGCUACUUAAGUGGUAUCUUAUUUAGAAGUAGAUUUAUUGAUCAGAAGAUUGAAAGAUACUUAAACGUCAGACAAAUACCCAUGACUAUAUCAUCAUUUUUAUGAACUAAAUGUUAAGAACUGUGAAUGGUCCAAGAUUUUGCCCCUUCUGCAAGUCAGCUUGCCAUAGUCUCAUGGAUGCUGCCAGAAGACACAAGAGUCUUGGGUCAGAGACAAAAAUCUUCAUUACAGCACAGCAGGCCACAUAUGCUUCAUGCUCAUGUUGGUUCCUGAGUUUGUUUCCUACUGCUGUUGUAACGAAUUACCACAAAUUUAGUGACUUAGAGCAACACAAAUUUAUUCUCUUACAGUUCUAGAGUAGACAAGUCUAAAAUCAGUUUCAGUGGGCUAAAAUCAAGGUGUUAGCACAGCAGCAUUCCAUCUGGAGGCUCUCAGGAUUAAUCAGUUUUCUUGCCUUUUCUAUCUUCCAGGGGUUGCUCCCUCUCUGUGGCUCCUCUUCUUCCACUUUACAUCUCUGUCUUUAACCAUCCUGCUUCUCUCUUAUAAGGACCUUUGUGAUUACAUUGGGUUACCCAAGAUGAUCUCCCCAUCUUGAGAUCCUUCAUUUAAUCACAUCUGUAAAGUGUGUGCCUUUUGCCACGUAAGGUUACAUCUUGACAGGUUUCAGGGAUUAGGAUGUGGACAUGUUUGGGGAACCAUUAGCCUGCUAGUCUUCCCUUUGGCCCCAAAGGUUUAUAUCCAUUCUAUAUGCACAAUACAUACACCCCAUCCCAAUAUACUCCACAGUCUCAAUUCACUAUAGAAUCAAUUCAAAGUCACGUGUAUUACCUAAAUCUUAUCAGCUUAAAAGUCCCAAAUCUUAUUAUCUUAACCAUCUAAUUUCAGUAUUAGUGAGAUCCUGGGUAUGAUUCAUCCUGGGGAAAAACUCUCCAUCUGUGGACCUGUAAAACUAGAAAAUAAGUUAUUUUCUACCAAAAUACAAUGAUGUGACCGACAUAAGAUACUAGUUACUAAUAUAGUUGUCUUUCAGUAUAUGCAGAGGAUUGGUUCCAGGCCCCCUGUAUACACCAAAAUCCUAGCAUACUUAAGUUCCACAGUAGGUCCUGCAGAACCCGUGUAUAUGAAAAUUAGCUCUCCGUAUAGGUGGGUUUCGCAUCCCAAGAAUACUGUAUUUUCAAUCCCCAUUUGGUUGAAAAAAAAUCUGCAUAUAAGUGGACACGUGCAGUUCAACCCUAUGUUGUUCAAGGAUCAACCGUAUUCCCAUUCCAAAAAGGAGAAAAUGGAAGGAAAAAAUGAAUCAUCAGUCCCCAGAAUAACAAAUCCUUCAAACUGGGAAAACUGUUAAGUUGCAAGGCCUGGAAAUAGUCUUUUGUGACUUCUGGCUACAUUCUCUGGGCCUGAAGCUCCACUCUUGGAAUCAUCUUUUCUUUUUCUUGAAAGGUACAAUGUGUUUGUAGCUGAGUAGUUUUAUCAGCCUUUUUUUCUGCAUGUAGAAUUUUGGGAGUCUGAUAGCCUUCAUUUAUCUUGCCCUCACUCUGUCCAUUUUAGUUAAAGUUGUUAUCAGUGCCCUGGGUUCUUGUAAUCUUCCAGUAUAGACAUCAAGAGAGAUCACCAAACAUAGGAGCAAAGAGAAAGAGAGAGAAUAGGGGAAGAAAAAGAGAGAGAGAGAGAAAGAAAAAGGGAAUGGGGACUUAUCCUAUGUAGGAACUUGACUCACCGAGGCACCAGGGCUGAAACAGUGAUGCAGGGUGAAACAAUGGUGCAGCUGCCUUGGUUUGUGCCUGGUCAGCCAUCUCUGUCAUCUGGGCUGUGCCAUUUGCUCCCACAGGACCCUAAAAUGAGGGUUCUAUCUGGAGUGCCAUGAGAUGUAAUCAGCACCCUGGGUUCUUGUAAUCUUCCAGGAUGGAAAUACAGAUCACCAGACAUAACAGCAAAGAGAAAGAGAAAGCUUUAUUUUAGCUUGUACACAAGGAAGUCAGCACUGCACAAGGAAAAGGGUAGGCUGCUCCCUGAGGGUAGUAUGUGAGUUAGUUUUACAGGGCCUUUCCAUAGAUAAGUGUUUUAUCAGGGCAUGUAUAGGAGGAGUUUCUCUAGCGCCUGGGCAGUGGCUUCACAUGCUUCUUUGUACAUCACAUGUCACAUUACAUUUUAAAUCUCCACCCCAGUAGUGACUUUUAGCAUUAAAAUGAGGAAGGGGUAGCCAUGAGUUGAAGUUUAAGUCUAAGUAUGCAUAUGGGGCCUCAGGGAAGUCCCUAAUCCCUUAAAGCAGGAACUUGCAGUUAACAGCUUCUUGGAUCUUCUAUUGCUGAUUGGCUGGAAGUUAGGUAAGCUACAACUUGAGUAAGGAGCUUUUGUUCUUUUUCUCUAAACCACUCCAAAACAGGAAACAAACCAGCCUGGCUGUCUCAAAGUUGGCAGUGUUUCUGCUGGUAUAACAUUUUCAAGAACUAGGGUGUCUCCUGGAUAUAUCACAGAAACUUACUACAUUAGGCAAGAGGCUCUUCUGUGGAUCACUCCUGAAUAACCCUAUCUCUAUUCCUAGUUAGUACUUAAAUGGAUAAAAUGAUCCAUGAGUCACACUCCUAAUUUUUUCAGAGAGCCCCCCGUGUGAUUUAAUACUCUUUUUGUUUCUUUUGAGACAAUAGCAAAGGUUGCCUAGUCACAGUCCUUGGCUUUCUCUCUAGAGCAUGCUUUCCUGAUGAUGAAUCUCCUAAUUUUAGUGUUUUUGCAAUGUAAUUGGCUGAGAAUUUCCCAAAUCAUCAAUCCUGAUUCCUCUUCACUUAAAGUUCUUCCCUCCAUUUUUCUUUCCUCUUGCAUUUUACUAUCAGCAGCAAGAAGAAACCAGGCCUCAUUAACAUUUUGCUUGGAAAUCCUCUCAGCUAAAUAUUCAACUUUAUUAUUUACAGAUUUUGCUUUCCACAUAAUUGCAGGGCACAAUUCACCUAAGCUUUCUGCUGCUAUGUAACAAGGAUCUCUUUUCCUCCAGUUUCCAAUAACAUGUUCCUCAUUUCCAUUUUAAUUUUCAUCUGCAGUACCUUUAGUGUCCAUAUUUCUACCAAUAGUCUGUUCAUGAUGAUUUAGAUAGUUCAUAAGAUAAUUUUUUUUUUUUUGACAUGGAGUCUCACUCUGUUGCCAGGCUGGAGUGCAGUGGCGUGAUCUCGGCUCACUGCAACCCCCGCCUCCUGGGUUCAAACGAUUCUCCUGCCUCAGCCUCCCAAGUAGCUGGGACUACAGGUGUGCGCCACCGCACCCGGCCAGAUAAUUUUUUUUCUAUCAUGCUCAGCACUUCCUCUGAGUCCUCACUUAGAGUUGUUCACAUCCAUAUUCCUACUAACAGGCUACUCAAGGCAAUCUAGUCAGUUUAUAUCAUGUUCUUCAAUAUUCUACCAGCCACUGCCCAUUGCCAACUCCACAUUUUUAGUUGUGUUUUGUUUUUUUACAACAGCAAUAGAAAUUAAUAUAGUUCCUCUUGCCUCCAGGUCUCACAGUGUGGAGAAGCAAGGGCUCAAGGAGAUGCUGUGCACACAGUGGGUUGGCAUCAUGGCUGAGGAACCCUGAGCUUAGGGGAACCCUGUGUUUUGACAAUGGUUUGCAAGCAAACCUCCCUGGCCUUUACCUCAGAAGGAGAUGUUAUCUUUGUUAUGCUGGAUAGUAAAUAAACCUGCUCUGUGCUCCAGAGGGAGACACUAUCUCCAUCUUCCAAGGCUGUUCACUUUGCAAACAUUGUUGAAUAGACAGCUGAGACAAAGGCUGUCAGUUUUCCCCUGCUCACUAUACAUGCAGAAACCUGAGAGGCCUUUGGAAACUGCCUCCCAAACCUAAAAUGAUCAAAGAGUAUAUUGUAUAAGUCACUGGGGAUUUUUGAAAAAGAGGCAACUUUGAAGAAGUUGUGAAAAGAAUGCAGGUGAUUUUUUAAAUGCCUGAAUUUCUCUUUUAGAGAUAUACAACCACCUCAGGUUAAAUUCAAUGGAUUUUUUCCCUUCUGAAAGCUGCCAAGACUUUGCCAAAAUAUAUAUUGUGUAUGUGAGCUAUUUUAUUACCUACUGAAAAAUUGUCUAUUAUUGGUAGAACAAUAAUCCAUCCUGUCACCCAGAAAAGAUGUGUAGUAGAAAUAGAAAGUCUUUAUGUCUAGGCUAGGCUUUUAGACAUAUUGAGAGAGGCGACUUCAGGCAGCCUGUGAUCGGAGGUGUUGAGUUGGCAGCUUGUGCCAAUUCUUGAGGCAGAUGUGUGUGAGUGGCACAGAGAAAAUAUUCUUGUCUUUCUAUGGAGUUGGAGCUUUUGAAUAAAUUUUGCAGAAAACUUGGGAUCCUCAGCUAAGAACAAUCCUUGGGAAGUUCAUCUACAACUGUAUACCUAGUGAGAGGUCUCCAGAGAAAUACGCCUGCCUUGGGAAGAAUGUGUGUACAUUUUAAGGAAAAAUAGUUCAUAAAAUCCAUACUGGAAAGAGAGGUAUUUACAUUUCUAGGAUCCUUUCCACCUGUUCUCUAUGGAGCAAAGUUUUUUCUUCCUCAUGUUUUGCCUCUUUUUCCUGUAUAUAAACAGAGAAACUCUAUUUUUCUCCAUCCCUCGUCUAGGAUACAGACGUUGUAUGUAUAGGAGAUUUUAACCUAGUUUGCAAUGUUACUUCAGGGGUAGAAUUGGGAUGUGAGGGACCAUGUGGUUAUGGAUGGCUUUUAAAAUGAAUAAUGAGAGUCUGAACCUACCCAGAUAACCUUGGGUAUACAUUUAUGAUAAAAUUAAUAAAGACAAAUGUUAAAAAUUUAACACAAAUAUUGUUCGACUUCAUUCCAAAAACACCUCAUCAGAUAGCAGAAUAGUGUCAAGUGUAAGUGUAGUACAAGUUGGCCCACAUAGUACCCACGGACCCUAUGACCUACCAGUGUGAGUUUGAAAGCACCAGCCUUUGACUUCAAGUGAAAUGUAUGCGAAUGACUUGCAUUAAAGAAAUAAUAAAUUCAGAGAUAAUUAUGAUAACAACGGUGUCAUAGGUUGUGUUUCAUAAAAGCCUGGAAAGAUUUAUUGUAGGUGAGCUAUAAGAAGGGGAAUGAUGGAAGCA